GGCAGACCCUGGGGAGUCCAGGACUCUGGAAGGAAAUCUCUCUUGGCUCCAAGACUCAUCUGGCUGGUACCAGUGACCCUCGGGGGAAGACGUGAUUGUUUCUGUGAUUGGAAGGAGGAGGCGGGCAGCAGGGCCAGCUGUGCUGGUCAGGCAAGUCAGGACGGAGGCGUAGGUCAGGCUACAGCUCUUUGGAAACACAGCUCCCAGUAGGGCCCCCCGCAGCUGAUAACUGGAGAGCGGAUCACCGACCACUGUGGAGUGCAGGACCGCACGCUGGCCAGGCGUGUUUUAACCUGCCCGGAUUGGGGGAUGCCCCGCUCCUUAACAUGCUCAAGAGAGUCUGCAUCAAGUUCACAAUUAAGAGUUUCAUUCAGCCCCUGACAGCCCCCGCCCUUCUGAGGUCGGAAACACACCGAACUGCAUCUUCCCAUAGGGAGGUUUGUGCAAGCAGGACCUGGGUAGGUCCCACGGCCUCUCGCCCUCCUCACUCUGAGAAAGCCGGGUCCCUGUAGCUGAAGGAUUGUCAGUGAACCCCUCGGGUCCUUCCCCAACCCUUACCCCGUUCCCAGAGCCCCUGAGCGCUGCUAGACAGCCCGUCGGGGAGCCGCUGGGGGGCCUGCGCGCAUCCCGGCCUCACUGCCCCCCUGAACCCCCGGGUUAAAGCCCACACCACCGUUCUUCAGCCGAGGCCAUCUGCUGGGGUGAUGAUGCCCGACUGCCCCAGCCUCCAACAGGCCGACCAGCCACCACCGAGGGCCCGCAGAGCAUCGGGGCCGGGUGGUGGGGACGCUGGCUCGUCCUGGGCCGCUGGAGCCCGAGGGGCGUGGGCGCGGGCGUGGCGGGCGGGGCGGGCGGCGGCGCUUUAAGAGGCGGCGCGCGCGCGAGGAGGCCGUGCUGGCCGGAGACCCGAGCGAUGGAGACGGCCUGGGACUGCGCUGGAGCCCUCCUCAGGAACGUCAAAGAUGUUUUACUCCUCUGCUCCGUUUCCAGGCCCCUGACAUUCAUGGGGUCGCAGACGAAGAAGGUCCUGCUGGCUCCCCUGAAGCAUCCCGCUCGCCCCUUCCGGGUGUCCAGCCACGACCGCAGCAGCCGGCGCGGGCUGAUGGCAGGCAGCCUGGGCGAGCUCCUCAGCAAGACCCUGGACGCCCUGAUGAUCACCAGCAGACUGGUCACUCUGGUGCUGGAGGAAGACGGCACAGUGGUGGACACAGAGGAGUUCUUCCAGACGCUGGGGGACAACACGCACUUCAUGGCCUUGGAGAAAGGACAGAAGUGGACGCCGGGUGGGAACUGUGUCCCAGCCCGCCAGCCGCCGAGGAGAUCGGGGAUAGUGAGGGUCACCUUGGACUUGUACAAGCUGAACCCCAGGGACGUCAUCGGCUGCCUCAACGUGAAAGCCACCAUGUACGGGAUGUACUCCGUGUCCUACGACAUCCGGUGCAUGGGGCUCAAGGCCCUGCUGAGGAGCCUGCUGCGGGUCCUGUCUCACGCCGCCCAGGUGACUGGCCAGUUUCUUGUCUAUGCGGGCACAUACAUGCUCCAGGUGCUGGCCAACACGGAAGAGCAGGUGGUGGCUGGCUCGCGCUGUAGGCAGGGGGUCACAAGCGGAUAGGGCAGCCCAGCCAGGGGCUUGGCCAGCCCUUACCCAACCCAUCCGUCUCCAGUGACGAACCCAGAAGACACCGUGUUCACACCACUGCACGUGUGGGCUGCGGGCACUGCUGCUCAGGAAGCAAAGGGCCUUGGCCGCACCUGGAUGCGGGGAGGGGCAGGCGGGGGCGGGGCACGGCCUUGCGGCUGCUGGCCUCCAGCAAUAAACCAGUGGCAAGAGUUA